AUGUAUGAUUUUCAGAUGUUUGCCUGGAUAACAAAUGAGAGCAGUUCACAUAGGUCAACGUUGUCAUGCACUUCGAACCGUGAUUUACGUAAUACGAAAAAUAGGCUGAGCCACGGAAGAAGAUUCGUUACGGCUGCAAGACCGGGUCAAAACCUUUUGGGCAUAGCCAUUAUAUUAGCAUUCGUUAUUAUUUUGGUCGUUCACGUAACGGUUUUUCCACUCUACGAAGUAGUACCACAAAGAAACGGUUUACGAAAACUCCUGGGCGAAUACGAGCAGAGUUUAUGCUCGGUUAAUUUGAAACCUUUGCGUCCGCGAAUACGUAGAAAAUGUCCGAGAGAUGGGAUUGUAACGGUAACGCAAGGUGGAAGGCUGGGGAAUCAAAUGUGGGAAUAUGCAUCCGUUUGGGCCGUGGCGAGACGAACGGGAUUGGAACCCUUCGUACCGGGAUGUUUGUUAAAAUCCCUGGAAGAAGUGUUUGUUGAUCUCACGGUACCGAAUUUGGGACACGUUGCUCAUUGUCGAAUCGAUUGGAAGGGUAUCGUAACGUUACCCGAUCAUUGGACGCGAUUGAAUCAAUCAAUUGUUUUACCACGUUUCGUCAUACUACCCGAAACGGUAUUAACUUGGAUAGAUGACAUACGACAGGAAUUUCGUUUCAAACGUAAACUAUCCGAAACGGCAGAAAAAAUCCUAUUGGAAGCCGCACAGAAUAGAAUAAAUCUAACGUACGUAGGAGUUCACGUUCGAAGAACGGAUUACAUAUACUAUUUAUGGAGAACGAGACACGUGCAAGCAGCAACCGAAGAUUUUUUUUACACGGCCAUGAAUUAUUUUAGAAAAAAAUAUCAAAAUACCGUAUUCAUCGUUGUGAGCGACGAUCCGGAUUGGUGUAAAAGUCAUCUAGGAGGUCCAGAUGAAGAUGUUUACGUGGCUAGCAUACCGGGUAUAACUGGACCUGGACAAGACAUAGCCACAAUGUCGGCUUGCAAUCAUUCCAUAAUCGACUAUGGUACUUUCGGCGUUUGGGGAGCCAUACUUGCCGGUGGUGAAACCCUCGUCUAUAACAUGUCUAGGCAUUCGUCAAUUCGCGUUGCCGAACUCCUACCAAAUUGGCAAGUUGUCAGUUGGUAA